AUGUCGUCCCUACUGUUCGAAAGCGACGACGAAGGCUUUAUUGAGGUCUUGGCUCUACUCAACGAGUAUAAUGUGGCUAUACAAGAAUCAAACGGUCGAUUUAAAUGCACUUCACCCUUGACCUCAUUAAUUGAAAGCUCGACUUGGUCUGCAUUUGAGACGGCGCAUCCCAUUCCGAAAACGACAAGCAAACAUCGCAAUGGUGCGCGCGAAAUGCGCCGUCGAGAAUUGCAAUUUCUACGCACGUGUGUAAAAGGAUUGGAAGCACAACUCUAUGCGCUCAAAGAGGUUGCAGAACAGCGUGCACAGUCGAAAGAUGGUACGGCUAACACUAGUACUCAAACGUCUGCAUUAAGGAGUAUAUGGAAGGACUUGGCAGCGCGUCAAUUGGACCAACGACUGACAUCUGAGAGAGAAAAUUCCCGACUAAAAAGUGUGAUAGAAGACCAGAAUAAGGUGCAAGAAAUGCUACAGCGAGUGCUCAAUACGAGGGUCGCACGAAGGGUAUUGGAGACAACUUCACUGCAGGAAAAAAAGACGAGACGGGUGUAUGGAAUACCGUUGGAAAUGGCGUAUCAACUUUUUGACGAACUGGAGGUGGGAGUGGAUCUCGUGUUUCACGAGGCAGCAAAGGUGUUCUUUCAAGCAGAUACAGGAACUGGUAGGAAUGUCGGAAUAUUUGGCGACAAGAUACUGCCAUUUUCAUCUGACUUGACGGCCGAGACGGCGUGGAGGUGUUUGGCUCAUGCGUAUCAUCAUGAAAAAAAUCAUUGUUCAUACAGUCGAGAAAUGAAAAGAGCCGAAUUGGAAAGUGUGACUCAUGUUGACACAGUUCGCGAAAGCUUUGGGGUUGAAACUCAAACACCAGAACACAUGGCAGAGUUUGAAAUUCGGCAGGUUUUUUGUCGCUAUCAUGAAGCAAAUCGAACUGUUAUAGCGUGGAAAUCGUUUAUAGAUCCGUCUGUGUUUCAGGGUCGACAGCUUGAAGGGUUUCGCUUUCAAGAAAAAGGUUCAUGCGUAAUUUGUCGCGAGCCAAAAUUUUUAAAUGGUACUUGCAGCAACGAAUUCACGCUACUGCGUAUCUGGCACGUUAUCACUCCUGAAACUUUAGCUUACACCACAGGAAUCAGCUCGAAGUAUGUUCAGGAACUCACGGAAUUUGUAUUGGGCGGUUCAUCGUCUGCUAGUACAAUGCAAAUGAUUGAAAAUAUGUUGAUUGAACAGUCGAAAUGA